GUGGAGUUUGCCGUGGAUGAGUCCGGCCUSUGGCUGCUCUACCCCGCUCUGGACACGGAGGGCUUCCACCAGGAAGUCAUCCUGCUCGUCCACCUCCAUCCCAGAGACCUGCACAUGGUACGAACCUUUCGCACUGGUCUCCGGCGCGGCCGCUACGGCAACACCUUCCUGGUGUGCGGCGUGCUCUACGCAGUGGACAGCAUGGAGCGUCGCUACGCCAACGUGACGUACGCCUUCGACACGCACACACUCACGCACACCGUGCCGAGCCUGGCGUUCACGAACACGCACACACACACAUCGCAGCUUUCUUACUGCCCGCUGGAAAAAAAGCUUUACGCGUGGGAUAACGGCCACCAGAUGAUCUAUGACGUCAUAUUUGCUUAUUAGCACGGCCAAAGGAAAGAGUUUUUAGUGGUUAGGCACAUCUAAAAGGUCAAAGCAGAUAUUUUGUUUCUAUAUGACUGUGGAGCAGUCGGUCAGCCUCAUUUAGUAAAUAUCUCUCACACAGCAACACACUACGUUAGAAAACUAACUAACAAAAAUAUGUCUUGUCAUUUAUCCAUUACCAUUUAUUCAACAAAGUGGAAAAUAAAUCACAUCAGUACCAAAAAUCAUCCAAAUUGUUUUAGAAUAGCUUCCCUAUUAAUAAAGUUUUUACAGUAAAAUGAAACUGUUGCUUUUGUUUCGCAAACAAAGACCUUGAGUCGACCUUUUUGCGAGCUCUGACUAGUAGUUAAAAAGUCACGUAACACUCAUGAAAUCAGCUUGAUGCCACAUAAAAAAGAUCUCAUUUCAGACAGUUUGAGGUCAUUUUGUAAAGUUUACCAGGUCACCUUGUUAAGCUACUUAAAAAAAACAAUCAUUGUGCCCWGAAGAAACUUUUAAAAUCCUGACAGGAAACUUUAUAAAUCACUUCUUGUCUUGGUUUAUUGUCAACAGAGUUAAUGACUUCUUCUCUUUUGCCUUCUUGGUUAGGUCUGUUAAAAAUAGACUUUGACAUUAAGGAGACUUUUAUCUGGGUAAAUUAAAGAUAUAAUUAUUAAAAUAAUAACAAUAAUAAUAAUAAUAAUAAUGCUUUUUUCCUCAAAGGCUGGGCAUAAAAGAGUAGAAACCUGUAUGGUCAAAUCAAAACACUGCUACAGAUCCAGUGUUUCAGGCAGUAAAAGUAAAUAAAUCUUAUUCGCUGUUGCUUCAGUUCUGAUCAGCUUUAAAAGUUUCUGUUUUUUGAUACACUUGGAUUUUUUCUGAACCUGGGGUUUUGGUAAAUUACAAGUAUUUUGUUUCUAAACUAAUCAAAAGAUCAUGUGUAUUUGUGUCCAAAAAUAUAAUUCUGUAAUGCACCCUGGGCCCUACUUUAUGAUGAGGCUGAAGUUUGUACUGUAUUUUUCAUCAUCUGUACUGUUUCUGUUAUAAAUUUUUGAUACAGAAGGAAAAUCCAUCCAUGUUAAGCAUUUUUCCACUCAGCACACAUCAUUAAUGUUUUACUUGCCAAAUACCAAGACAAGGUUGAUAAUGACUGCAUAACUGCAAGUUUUAGUCCUUUUUUAUUUUUUAUUAUUUGUUAAUUUAUAAUAAACUUUUUUAAAAGACAAAA